AAAGCAACAGAGUGGAGGACUGUAUUUUACUAAAGCAGUCCAAACACGAAAGCCCAAGCCAAAAAGAUACAGAUUUGUGCCUUCUAAGCAGACCAGGAUGGAGAGUGACUCAUGUGACGAUAGCCAAAGUGACAGCGGAGUUUCAGCAGACUUCUCCCCCUGCAGCACUUUGGAUGGCAACACCAACAUCUCUCCAGGCACUCCAGCUCCUGCUCUCAAGGAGACUCCCAUUGAGAGGGAGAUCCGACGGGCUGUAGAGCGUGAACACAGCCUAAGAAGGUCCAGAGGGCUUCCGAAGCAGCCCUCCUUGCCUGAGUAUGUAGAGAUCCCUGUAAAGAAAAAUGUGCUCUUUCAGCCACCAGUAACUAAUACUGAGAAGGGUCCAGGCAAAGACAGGCAGUUUGCAGGCAAGAAGAUGCAGCAUGAGAUCCAUGAGGAGGUCCAGAGAGAGCAGGACCUGGUCAAGCUUGGAAAAGUUCCAGGUUUCUACCACAAAGGCACAGUCCGCCAGCUCAAAGAGAGGAAAAGGCUCUUUGAGGCAUUUCAGGCGCCUACUAUCUCAACUUUGCCUCCACCAACCAGGACCAGAGCGAGAUCUUGGCCCUUCUCCUCGACAAGUGACAUUACAAACCUAGUGAACCAGGACACAUCCACCAUGAGACGCUCAAAUGUGGAGAGGAGCCCAAACUCAGCCAAAGGAGAAUGUUCUACUUUGUCAGCUCCUCGAGGACCAGGACUCUCUGAGGGGACAGGCUGUCAGGUCAUCAUCAUAGAGAAUAGCCUGAGUGCCCCAGCACAGAAUCUCUACCACACCAUACCUAUAGCAGAAGCCACUACUGCAGUCGACUUUGCAAGGCCAAGCAUUUCAUCACACAGGGUGGAGGGACAUGAUGGGAUCAAGGUGGGUGAGCAUGAAAGAGAGAAGAACGAAGAGGAGGAGGAGUUGACACCCAAGGAAAACCCUUUUUUCAAGCUACGCACCUCAACAAAUUUACUCAAAGUGGAGAGGGACAUUCGGGAGGCUCAAGAGAGAGAGAAGGAGCUUCUUCAGCAGAGAAAAAGUCUAUAUGGAGGAGGGGGAGGAAGAGGAGGAAGAGGAGGAAGAGGAGGGAGACCGGCAAACAUAGAGAGAAGGAAUACCAGGUUAACUCGGUCUUCUUCCCUGAAUAGAAUUCUUGAAACUGACUCAUCUGGCUCAAUACCCAGGCCCAUAACUGGAUCCCCAGCAGUACGCCAGUCAGUUGGCAAGUUGGGCAUGUGGCCCCCAGCCCAUGCUGAAGAGGAGAAGAUUAGCCGUCCAGAGAUCCUCCUCAGUCCUAGAAAGAAGACUCCUCUGGUGCAACGCUGGGAGGCGGGCCUGAUCAACGGACCCAACCAGGAUGGCGUCUGAGGAUUGAUGAAGGCUAACUGAGACCCUCACUUUUUGAAGUGGAGGGCUGACAGGAUUGUGAGAUAAAAAUGGGAGCUGUUUAAAGAAAAGUGGGAACAGACUAGAGGAGGGAACUGUAGUGAAGUGGAGGAAAGAAAGAAUAUGAGGCAAGAAAGAGGUCAGGGAUUGAGGCUUCAAAGGGGGUCAGGAGAAUUGGGAGCAGGGAAAAGGAUUGAUGGUGAACUCAAAACCCUGAGGAGUCAUUCAGCACAGAGGAGAGGAAAAGGAGGAGAGAGGCCACCUAUUAGUAUAAUACUUGGUCUGCUUAAGGGUACUGGGAAACGUUGAGACUAAUGAAUGUAAAAUAGCAAAAACUAAUAACAACACUGCAAUAUUGAAAAUAAAUGUAAAUUUAGUAGGAAUGAGAAACUUUCAUGAAGUUCGCAGUUUUCUCUAAGUUUGCAAUAGUUUUUAUUCAAUGAAGUAAGUAGGUUGUAUGUUGUACUAAAAAUACUGUAUCAACACCAGUUUUAUUCCUGUAAUGAUGUCUUAUAAUGAGUUACUAGUUUAUUACAA